AUGACUURUUGCCAAACUUCACCAAACCAUUCUUGGCUUUAUCCUAUAGUAAUUCUCUGCCUAUUUGGUUUUUUCUCAAUAAUGAAACCAUCAGAGCCAUUUAUCAUAGUUUAUUUAACAGGACUUGACAAAAAUAUGAGCCUCAGUACAACUAACUUUCCACUUUGGACCUACUCUUACCUGGUGCUGCUGCUCCCCGUGUUUGUCCUCACUGAUUACGUCCGCUACAAGCCGGUCAUCGUCUUACAGGGGAUAAGCUUCAUCSUCACCUGGCUGCUGCUCCUGUUUGGCCAAGGAGUGAAGAUCAUGCAGCUGGUUGAAUUUGUCUAUGGUCUGGUGUCGGCCACCGAGGUGGCCUACUAUGCCUACAUCUACAGUGUGGUCAGCCCAGAGCACUACCAGAAGGUGAGCGGCUACUGUCGGAGUGUCACGCUGGUGGCCUACACAGCGGCCUCGGUGCUGGCCCAGCUCCUGGUUUCCCUGGCAAACGUGUCCUACUUCCACCUCAAYGUCAUCUCCUUGGCCUCUGUCUCCAUGGCUUUCUUCUUCUCACUCUUUCUGCCAAUGCCCAAGAAGAGCAUGUUUUUCCACGCAAAACCCAGCAAACAAGCUUCUCAGAAGACACCAGGACAGAMUGCCRUCCCAGAGGAAGCCCUUAGAGGUGAYSAAGCRGCCCACCAAGAAGCAGGCASCCUUCCCAGGCRUGGGGAGGAGAGCCAGGCCAGCAGCCCUAAGCCCAAACAUGAGGCUUGGAGGAGCUGCGUGCAGUGGUUCCAGGAUCUGUGGGAGUGCUACUCCUCAAAGCGUCUUUUCUACUGGUCCCUGUGGUGGGCUUUUUCCACAGCGGGUUUUAACCAGGUUUUGAACUAUGUGCAGAUCCUGUGGGAUGACAAGGCCCCAUCCCAAGAUUUUUCAAUCUAUAAUGGAGCAGUAGAAGCCCUUGAAACCUUGGGGAGUUGGCCCCUGGCAGAGGAAAGCACCAGACCUCCCUCUCCUCUCCCGAGUCCUCUCCUCUCUGCACCUGAGUCCUCUCGACUGACAACAUGGGUUGCUGUGGCUGUGGAGGCUGCGGUGGCUGCGGUGGCUGUGGUGGCUGUGGUGGCUGUGGUGGCUGCAGUAGCUGUGGUAGCUGUGGUGGCUGUGGCAGCUGUGGUAGCUGUGGUAGCUGUGGCAGCUGUGGUGGCUGCUGUGGCUGCUGUGGCUGCUGUGGCUGCUGUGGCUGCUGUGGCUGCGGUGGCAGCUGCACCCGCAGGGUGUGCUGCCGCCGCACCUGCUGCCACUCCUGCGGCUGUGGGAAGGGCUGCUGCCAGCAGAAGUGCUGCUGCCAGAAGCAGUGCUGYUGCUAGGCGGCCGCCAGGCUUUGAUGGCAGUUGCUGGGAUGUCCUUGCACUUUGCCAGUUUGCAGGACCUGGGUCAUAUUUCAUGACUGCAGCGCCCAUGACAAGCACUGUGUUCCUCUAUGGCUAUGCUUUUAAACAUAUUGAUCCAACAUAG